ACAACGAAGACGACUACAGGGAGGUCAAGAAGGCCCAGGGAGAGAAAGAGAGCUCCUCACGACUGACCAGCUCUGCCAAUAAUACUUUAUCUGCAAACCACUGCAGCAUGAACAUCAACAGCUUGGCAAUACCAAUAAAUAAAAAUGAAAAAAUGCUCCGGUCACCCAUCUCACCCCUAUCGGAUGCAUCUAAACACAAAUACUCCAGCGAGGACUUAACUUCUUCCAGCAGAUCGAAUGGCAGUGGCUCGUUCACUUCUGCAUCCUCCAACAAAAAGCAUAAGGCUGAGAACCAGCCGCAGUCUCAUGCCGGAGACCUCACGAAGGCCACUCACAACAAUUCCGAAAACGUUCUCCACAAGUCACGGCCACAGACAGAGCCAUGGUCUCCCGGUGCCAACGGCCACAGGGACUGCAAGAGGCAGAAACUUGUCUUCGAUGAUAUGCCACGCAGUGCAGAUUAUUUUAUGCAAGAAGCUAAACGGAUGAAACAUAAAGCAGAUGCAAUGGUGGAAAAGUUUGGAAAGGCUUUGAACUAUGCUGAAGCAGCUUUGUCAUUUAUUGAGUGUGGAAACGCAAUGGAACAAGGCCCAAUGGAAUCCAAAUCUCCUUAUACGAUGUAUUCGGAAACAGUAGAGCUCAUCAGGUAUGCUAUGAGACUAAAAACCCAUUCAGGCCCCAAUGCCACACCAGAGGACAAACAAUUGGCUGCAUUAUGGUGAGUGCAUGAUACCAGCUUAAAAAAGCUUCCUCAGCCUUGUAUAUGUUCAUUGGCAAACCAGGUGCUGAAACACAUGUUUUUCUAGUGCCUUCUGACCUGCAAAAUCAAAUGCAGUUCUAGUGGUGACCAGGGAGAGCCCACACCAUUUCUUGCUGCUAUACCAUGCAUGAUGUGAAUUCACAGUGAUUAAGAAUCAACAGGUCCAUUAC